UUUCUAAUUUUAAGCGUAAAGCAAUCGCAAUUUGAGAUCCACUAAGUGGUUACCGGUUGCCAAACAUAUACGAAUGUGUUAGUGAAUAAAGUUUACAAUUUAUAGAGCUUAUAAACGAUUUAGUACAAAUAAAAAAAACAUAUAUCAACACAAUGACAACCACCGAUGUGCGAAAGCGGAAGCUGGCUAGCGAUGAUAAAUUGCCGCAGGCAAAUCGCCGCAAGAACAGCGGCAACGGAAACGGAAAUGGACGUGGCGGUGUGACCAGCGGCCUAAAGCUCUCAUUUCUCUGUCUAAUUGUAUCUGUCCUUUUGCUGCUGUUCGUCUUUGGUGUGUAUCAUUUGUAUUUUGCGCAAGCAGACCCCUUUCCAGCCACUGUGACUAACAUAUUAACUAAAACCUCUGAUUCUCCCACUGUCUCCAUGCGUUAUCAUCAAUCGACCCACACGGAUCACACACCGCGAACCACAAUGAAACCACCAACGACGCCAAUGAAACACGAAAAACAUAAUGAACCCAAUGCUGCAGGCUUCAUCUCGGACAAUGCGAGUCCGUAUUUGGCGCGUCUGGCCUCCAAGCUGGGCUACAGCAAGGUGCAGUAUGCGGCGAUCAUCGAUGCUGGCUCCACAGGAUCUCGGGUGCUGGCGUACAAAUUCAAUCGCAGCUUCAUCGACAACAAUCUGGUGCUGUACGAGGAGCUGUUCAAGGAGCGCAAACCGGGUCUAAGCUCGUUCGCCGAUAAUCCUGCAGAUGGUGCACACUCCAUCAAACUGCUGCUGGACGAGGCACGCGCCUUCAUACCAAAGGAGCAUUGGUCGUCCACGCCGCUGGUGCUGAAGGCCACCGCCGGAUUGCGUCUGCUGCCGCAGAGCAAGGCGGAGAAUCUGUUGAAUGCUGUGCGCGAUUUGUUUGCCAAGUCGGAGUUUAGUGUGGACAUCGACGCGGUCGAGAUUAUGGAUGGCACCGAUGAGGGCAUCUUCAGUUGGUUCACGGUUAACUUCUUGCUCGGCCGCCUGUCCAAGACGAAUCAAGCAGCUGCCUUGGAUUUGGGUGGCGGCAGCACACAGGUGACCUUCUCGCCAACGGAUCCGGAACAGGUGCCCGUUUAUGACAAGUAUAUGCACGAGGUGGUCACCUCCAGCAAGAAGAUCAAUGUGUUCACACACAGCUAUCUGGGUUUGGGUCUGAUGGCCGCUCGCCAUGCCGUCUUCACCAAGGGCUACAGUGACGAGGAUACGAUUGUCGAGAGCGUCUGUGUCAAUCCCAUUAUUGCCAAUCGCACGUGGACCUAUGGCAAUGUCAAGUAUCAGGUUAGCGGCAAGGAGAACAUCAAAUCCAGUGCCGAGCAGCCUGUCGUCGAUUUUGAUACCUGCCUGGAGCUGGUCAAGAGCAAAGUGAUGCCAUUGGUGAAGCCAAAACCAUUUACCCUCAAGCAGCACGCAGUUGCUGCAUUUAGCUAUUACUUUGAGCGCGCCAUCGAAUCGGGCUUGGUGGAUCCCACAACGGGCGGCGAAACAACCGUGGAGGCUUAUCGCAAAAAGGCCCAGGAAAUCUGUGCCAUACCCAAUGAUGAGCAGCCAUUCAUGUGCUUUGAUUUGACGUUCAUAUCGGUGCUGCUGCGCGAAGGAUUUGGUCUCAACGACAGCAAGAAAGUCAAGCUUUACAAGAAGAUCGAUGGUCAUGAAAUCUCCUGGGCUUUGGGCUGUGCCUACAACGUGCUGACCAGCGAUGAGAAAUUCAAUAAUUCCUAGUACUCCCUCUAUUAGUGUGUAGACGAAUAUAUAGCUGAAAUUGUUUCUAGAGUGCCUUAGACGUGCAUCGAAGUAUACUACACACACACACACACACACAUUCACACACACACACCCAUUCACUUUAAUACAGAUACACUUUAGAUAUAGUCUCGUUUCUGGCCAGUUUGAUAUGUUUAUUGCGCUAUAAAUUCAUUUCAAUUGUCUUUAAUUGAAAGCGAAUUCAUUUAUUUUUUUGUCGUUUACUAUUUCGAGGCCGCACUGUGACUACACUUAUCUUUGUUUCUAGUUUGUAAUUCCAAUUUUAUGUGAUUCAUUUUUUUUGUCUCUCAUAUUUGUAAUUAAUACGUUACGAUAUUUGUAUCCGUAGUCUUACACUCCAUACUUUCCUAGUGUAUAUAUAUAUAUAUCUGCAUACAUAUCUAAUUUUUAAAUUGUUUAAUAUUAUUACAUUAAUUGAAAAUGGUUAAUCAUCCAUAAUUAUUAGUUUAUUUUUGCAAUAAAAUACAAAAUGUUUAUUUGGAUAUGAUCACGGUUUUAAAUUGUGAAUCUGGCAACUAUUUGUGACAAGCUUUAAUGUUUUAAUGUCUGCACAGUUUAUGGCUUUCUGAAAGUUACGAGAUGUGUGCUCCAUUUUGAUUGUUUCCAAGAGACAACUUUUUCACAAAUUAGACUACUGCAUG